AUGGAGAAACUACUGCAAUGGUCAACAGCGCAACAGUCAAGCGAUCCUGAGGUACGUGCCCAAGCACCUGCUCCGGAUCCUAAGCUUUUGGCACAAGUUCUCGGCGCAGAUACAGGCAAGGAUGAUGCACAACUAAUGAAGGAGGACAUUACCGUUUUAGUCUGUGAUGAUCCAAAUAUUAGUAUUGAUGAUAAGCUAAUUGCAUUAGAAGACUUUGAAAUGUUGGUCCAAAACUUGGAUAAUGCAAACAAUAUCUCUCCAAUGGGAAUUUGGCCAGAAAUAGCAAAACUUUACACUUACGAGGGUGAAGAAAGAGAUGAGUUUCGUGGUAUGGGUGCUUUGAUUACCGGUACUGCCGUGCAGAAUAAUCUGAAAUGUCAGAAAGAUUUUCUGAAACAUGUGGGCAAGGAAGGCUUCACUAGUUUAAUGAAGUUGGCGGAUAAGGGCAACAACUACAAUGUCAGAGCACGUGCACUAUAUGCCCUCAGUGGCUUGAUUGGUCACAAUGGUGACCUUUAUGAGUUGUUUGUUGAAUCAAAUGGCUGGGAUUUUUUAACUGGCAUAUUAGCGGAAUGUUUCAAAAAUGAGAAGAAAGACAACAAAGUACUUCUUCGAGUAUUAAGCUUGUUGAAGAGUAUACUUUAUGAUGAAGUUGUUGAGGAAGGCCAGGAAGUAAGAAGUUCUAAAAAAGAUAGGCUGUGUUGUGUCACAGAUCGUAAUAUUGUGCAUCUAUUGGCUGACAAGCUUUCAGAAACUACAAGUAGUGUUGAGGUAAACGAGAGAAUCAUCAACAUUUUAUCUUACUUGCAUGAGAAUAGUUUCGAAUUUUCCAGUGAAGACAUAAAAGAAAUCCAGCAAAAGGUAGCAUCUCUUUCAGAUCACAAAGUCUACAAUACAGAAGAAAUCAAAACAUUACAAUCUCUUGUAUAG